CAGACUUCCAUUCCUCCUCCCCUCUUCUUCAUUCGCAAUCUAUCUAUCGAUUCCGCAACCUGCUCGUCUUCCUUCACCGAGAAUCAACAGGGUGAAAGAGGAAGGCAGGAUCAAUGGAUGAACAUUUAGCUGCAAGAUAUUGGUGCCACAUGUGCUCAACAAUGGUGAAUCCGAUAAUGGGAGCUGAGAUCGAGUGCCCAAUCUGCAAUGGUGGAUUUGUUGAAGAGAUGAAUUGGGGAGGAGAAGCAGCCACGACUCCUGACCUAGAAUCGAACAGAGACCUCUCUCUUUGGGCUCCCAUCUUGCACAGAAUGCUCAGUGGUGGCUCCAUGAGGCAUCGCCGUAUCUACCGCGAAGAAGAAGAGGGCAACUCUGACCGGUACCAUGACUCUGAAGCAGCCCUUCUCCGGUGGCAGCAACGGAGCUCAGCCAUUCUUCGAAUCCUCAAUGACCUCAGGGAGGGCAAUGUGUUGGGUUCUGAUGGAGAUGAUAAUGAUAGGGCGAGGGAAAGAGACAGGGUACACGUACUUAUGGAUCUCAUCAACAAUGCCAUAGAUGGCUCUCUAGACGCAAACCAUCCACGAGGACAGAGCUCAAACAACAGCAACAAUGGCGACUUGUUGAGAGAUUACUUCCUCGGAUCGAGCCUAGAGCUUCUCCUACAGCAUUUGGCAGAGAGUGAUCCAAAUUUCUAUGGCACUCCACCUGCUCAAAAAUCAGCAGUGGAGGCAAUGCCCACUGUGAAGAUUACGGAGAACAUGAGCUGUUCAAUCUGCUUGGAUGAUUUCGAAAUUGGCACCCAGGCCAGGGAGAUGCCUUGCAAGCAUAAGUUCCACGGCAAUUGCAUCCUGCCGUGGCUUGAACUCCAUAGUUCAUGCCCAGUUUGCCGAUUUCAGAUGCCUUCGGAGGAGUCAAAGGUCUCGGAUGCUGCUAAUAGGGAGGAGCUUCAUGCUGCUGGUGGUGGUAGCACCGGUAGUAGCGACAACGGCAAUGGAGGGAGCGAGAGGGGCUCCUGGCUGCCAGUUCCUUGGCCUUUUAAUGGCUUGUUCUCUUUGCUGGGGUCUCACCGGAGUGGAACUUCAUCCUCAACGCAGCCGUCUUCUUCAACAUCACCCACCAGAGGUAACUCUCAGCCUGAUGCAAACAUGUAUCAGCAUCAGCUUCAUCAAGGACACAACAACCUCCUAUCUCCGAAGUCCACAUUUUCCCCAGAAAGGCAAUUGUUUCUGCAAAGAGGAAGUGCUUCCAAAGAUUCUGGGCUAGUUCUUUCAACUGAUGCCAAGCCUCGACUUAAAUGGAACGCAGAGCUCCACAAGAGAUUUACAGAGGCAGUGAACCAACUUGGAGGACCUGACAUGUUUGGUAGUUCACUGGCACAAGAGAGGGCACCAGAUUGUAAUGAAUCAUUAAUGAACAUCGGGCCAUCGAAUAAAACCAUGCAGAUAAAUGAGGCACUUAAAAUGCAAAUUGAAGUGCAGAGACAGUUACACGAACAACUUGAGGUACAAAGACAUUUGCAACAGCAGAUCGAGACUCAGGGAAAGUAUUUGCAGUCAGUGUUGGAGAAGGCUCAAGAGACAAUUACCAAGCAAAGCUCGAGUUCUGCAGGACUUGAAGGUGCUAAGAUUCAUCUCUCUGACCUGGCCUCCUCAGUCGCAAAUGGAUAUUUCAGCAACUCAUUUCAAGCUCAGGAAAAUGAUUAUCGAGUAUAUACUUGCUUAGCCUCAUCCAAGGGACUACAAAAUGAAAAAGAGGCGUUCGAAACUAGAACAGCAAUAAGUUCAUGCCAUCAGGAUUUUCUCCUAUCAUCCUGGUAUAGUGAUAUGCAUGAGCAGAAGAAGCCUUUUGCUGCAUCAAUUUUAAGAGAUUCAGACGUCAAACAAUCUAAUGCUAAACCUCAAUAUGCUGAGAGGGAUGGUGCAUUUCUUGCUGAGGUAAAGAAAGAGGAAAGGGAUGAGGAACACUCGCAAAGAAAGAGCACAGCACUGGGGCAAGCGAGUAGAAAGCGACUAGAAGAGUUUGGGUUGCCAUGCCUUAAAACUGAGCUAGAACUUAAUAUCCAUCAUGGCGGUGAAGAAGGGAUAAAUCUAUUUUCUCUCCCUCCCUGCGCGCGACAGCCGCGCCCUCCCUCUCCCUCUACACGCCCGACCGCUGCCGCCGCUCCGCCGUCCACCGUCCACCGUCCACGCAAGCAUCCUACGCUGCAUCCCUCUCCUUCCCCGACGCCGCCGGCGGCCUUCGCCCAAUCCAAGCAGCCUGCACGCUGCCGUGCUCGCUGCCGCCGCGAGCAGCCAGCGAACCAGCGACGCGCGCUGCCUUCCUUUUCCCCCCCACCGCUAGCAGAUCGCCAGCGCCACCGUCCCACCGCCCGUUCCCUGUUCCCUCGCUCGAGCAUCCGCCGCGAGACGUUGCCACGAGCAGCUCCAACCCCUUCGGCCGCUGCUGGUCGUCCCUGUUUUCCCACCCGUACGCCGCCGUUCCGGAAGCCUCGCCGUCGCCUCCCCUCUUGCUGCCGCCGGAACCAUUGCCGCCCCCGAGAGAUCCUUCCGUCGCGCGACUGGAGAAGAAGAGGAAGGCGGCUGCCAGACAAGUUCGAUCUCGCAGCAAUCAAUAUCGCGGCGAACAGCAAUUUGGCGCCACCCGCUCUCGCGUUUUGUCGAGUCGACGAGAUCUCCGCUUUCUUCCCAUCCGGAAGGUGCGAUCUGCAAAGCCACCGCCUGAACGCCAUCUCUUCGAGCCGAGCGAGAGAGGCUUGGCAUUUCCCCUUUCCGCCAGCGACCCCCCUGCCCUUCAUCCUUCUUGUUUCCCGGCGACGAUCAUCGGCAUCUCAAAUCAUCUCCUUCACGCAAGCAGCGAUUUCUUCUCGCGUACCCAGAAUUGAGCUGACUGGAGCAGAAAGCCGCGAGAUGGAAGGCGAUAUGGAUAUGAGGAGCUUGGAGGAUGGCGCGCCGCUGGAGAAUGGAGACUCGGAACUGGAUGAGAGGUUCGAAGGAGACGGCGGUGACAGAGGGGAGGAAGAAAGGGAAGAAGAUGAUGGAGGAGAGGAGGAGGAAUGGGAAGAAGAUGAUGGAGAAGAAGAGGAGGAGGGCUACACGUUGCUUUUUGACGGCGACAUGGACCCCAUCGGCUUUGCCCAAGACGAAAACCACGGGAUCGAACUGUACCAGAAGUUUGAAAGGCGCGAGUAUGAAGCCCUAGCCGAGAGGAAACGCAAGGCUCUACAAGAACGACCUGCUGAGACUAUCAAGAAAUCUAGGCGGGAGGAAGUUUUGGGCAUCACUACGGAGGAGAUCAAUGAACUAAUGAAUUUUGGUCGCCGAAGAAGACGUAGAGCUCCAAAGAAAAGGGGCAGAAAGCAGGGGUCAAAAAAUAAAGUUUGCCCUGAAGUUGAUAGAAAAAUGAUGGAUGCCAUCUUUCAUAUCGGAUCUAAGGUCUAUGAUGAGGCAUUACCUUUGUUGAAAAAGAUUAUGUUGCUUGCACCUAAUCUUUCUGAAGCUUAUUAUUUGCUUGGUGUAAUAUAUGAUGCCAAAGAUGACAGGGAGAAAGCUUUAACCUUUCACAUGAUAGCUGCACAUUCUUCUCCCAAGGAUUCAGCUAUAUGGAAAAAACUUGCUGCUCGGUCAGUUGAGCAGAACAGUACUGGUCAACUUAGGUAUUUUCUUAAGAAGGCAAUAACUGCAGACCCAAAAGAUGUCUACCCUAGGUUUGAGCUUGCUUGGUUUUACUAUGAGCUUGGAGAAUACCAGGAAGCUGCAGAAACUUAUGAUCGGAUAUGUGGUAUAAAUCCUGCCAGCACUCUAGCAUACCAGACUCUAGCAUGCCAAAUGGCUGCAAAGACGUACCGGAUGUGUGGUAUGAUUGACCAGGCUAUACGAGUCUUGGAGGAUUAUGUUAAAGAUCAUCAGUCUAUAUGCAAUAAGAAUGUUGUUAACUUGCUUAUUGAAUAUUAUAUGCAAAAUGGGUCACAUAAAGAAGCACUUAAGCUUAUUGAGCGUGCUUACUCAAUGUGUGAUAUGGAGAGCGAAAAUACCUUAUAUCUUAAGGUGAAAGAGGUAGUCUGUCAUGCUCGACUUGGAAAUAUGCAACAAACUGAGGGUCUGCUUAAAGGUAUACAAACUGAAUGUUCUGAUGACAAUGGAGUCUUGAUCUCUGAAGUUGCAGAUGCAUUUUUGAAUCUCAGGCAAUAUCAUUGUGCAUUGAAGUUUUACUUAAUGCUUGAAGACAUACCUAAUCAUGCCAAUGGAAACAUACAUCUAAAAAUCGCCGAAUGUUUCUUAUCCAUGGAGGAGCGAGGAAAAGCUAUUACAUUCUAUUAUGAAGGUUUAUCUAGAAUGGAGGAUAGUAUUGAUGCCCGUAUCAUCUUAUCUUCCAUUCUGCUUGAAGAAGGAAAAGUUCAAGAAACAAUCAAUCUGCUUUCCCCUCCACAAAAAUCAAAGCAAACACCUAUCAAAAAUUCUACACAACCAAUACCUUGGUGGGAAAGUGGGAAGAUAAAGAUGCAACUUGCUAAAAUUUAUCAUUCAAAAGGGAUGCUUGAAGAAUUUGUUGAUACAAUCUACACGUGCGUUCGUGAAACCUUGGUGAUCGAGCUUGUGAAUCAAAAGGUGAGACCAAGAAAAAAGCUUCCAAAAAGUGUUCUAUUUGAAAGAGUCAAGUUGUUAGAUGAACAAGAGGGACAUAAUGUGUUUGGCGGUUUCAGGCCAGUGGCAAAGGCGUCAGAAUUGGAAAAAGCACAUAGAGCAAAAAAGUCUCUUCAACGAAGAGCAAUUUUGAAAGAAGAAAAGAAAGCAGCAGCACUGGCUGCUGGAUUGGAUUGGCAAAGUGAUUCAGAGGAUGAAACUCUGCCGAAGGUAAAACAAGAACCACCGCUGCCAGACUUUCUAAAUGAGCAAGAUCAUCUUCAGUUUACUUUACAUCUCUGCAAAGCAUUGGUUUCUGUGCGACGAUAUUCAGAAGCAUUAGAGCUUAUCAAUUACACUUUGAAAUUAGAGUACAACACAAUUUCUGAUGAAAAAAGAGAGGAAUUUCGAUCAUUGGGUGCACACAUAGCAUAUAGCACAAGAGAUCCAAAACAUGGGUAUGAUUAUGUAAGGUACAUAGUUCAACAGCAUCCCCACAGUGUAGCUGCUUGGAAUUGCUAUAAUAAGGUUAUUUCAAGAUUUGAUUCUCAUUUCGCAAGACAUACUAAAUUUCUUCUCCAUAUGAGAGUGGAACAAAAGGAUUGUGUAAUGCCAAUGGUUAUCCAUGGCAAUCAAUUUACUAUGAUCAGCCAACACCAGGCAGCUGCUGCAGAAUAUUUGGAAGCUUAUAAAGUUCAGCCAGAAAGUCCUUUGAUCAAUUUAUGUGCCGGCACAGCUUUGAUUAACUUAGCACUGGGUUUUAGGCUCCAGAAAAAACAUGAUUGUAUAGCUCAAGGCUUUGCAUUCCUUUACAACUAUCUGGAUAUCAGCAACGAUAGCCAGGAAGCCUUGUAUAACGUAGCUCGAGCAUAUCACCAUGUUGGCCUUGUCACACUGGCUGCUUCAUAUUAUGAAAAGGUGCUUGCAAUGCAUGUGAAAGAUUAUCCCUUCCCUAAACUUCCAUACGAAGAUUCAAACCUUGCAGCAAAUAAGAAGCCAGGCCAUUGCAAUCUUCACAGAGAAGCAGCCUAUAAUUUGCAUUUGCUUUACAAGAAGAGCGGGGCUAAGGAUCUUGCUCGACAGGUCCUAAAACGUUAUUGCACACUUUGACAAAUAGAUGUAUCGAGAUGAAUAGAGGUAUAGUUUAUUAGUCGUCUUAUGUAUUGUUUUGGCUAAUAUUUAUUUCAUGCUUGUAAA